GCAGAAUCGAAGAAAGAAAGUUUUCAGUUGGUGUGUUUUGAGAAUCUCUUCGCCGUGGAGUUCAUUGUCAAGAUCUAGAUACUCCAAGACAUGUUGACAGAGAGAAUUGUUAUCAGGGAAGUUGGGAGUAGAGGAUGGAUGUAGAGAGGGUACAACAGGAGGACCAGUGUGCAGUCAACUGUGUACAGAUAAUACAGGACAGCGUACAUGUUCUUGUAUAGCUGGAUAUGUGCUGGCAGAUGACAACAGGACGUGCGUUGUUACAGGAGAGGAGCCACUGUUAGUGCUGGUGUCCGGUAAGGAGGUCAUGUUUAUUAUACAGAGACAGAGGAUGUUGAGACAUUGACACAGUUGCCAGAUAGUCAGAUCACCGCUAUAGGUUUUGGUCCAGGUAACAGUAUGUUGAUUGCAGCAAACAAUGGAAAAGUUGUGUACAGAACAAAGCUUGAUGGUAGUAAUAACCAGAGAGAACCCCUAGCCACCAUUGAUACAGGUGUUGAGAAUGUUACCAGUGUGGCAGUUGACUGGGUUACGUCUAAUAUAUACAUGGUAGACAGUGCAGCAGGAACAAUUGUAGUGUGUUCAUGGAAGGGAGAUAACUGUGCAGUAUUAGUCAGUGACUUAAAUUGUCCAUAUUCAGUCUUGGUGAAUGUAAAAUCAAGAAAGCUGCUAUGGUCAGAAUGGGGUUCUGAAGGUCAGGCUGGUUCCAUACACUCCACAGAUCUGGAUGGUUCCCAACCCACAUUGUUUGUAGACAAUCUGAACAGGCCACAAAACUUGGUAUUAGAUGAAACAGUUGGAGCACUAUUUUGGGUAGCAAGAUCCGAAAGUACUUAUAUAAUUCAGUCCUUGAAACUGAAUAGUGGACACAAAAAGGUAUAUCAGCAAUUCUGUAAAACAUGACCAAUCCAGUAACCCCAUACAGAUGCAGAUAUCUUUUCAUAA